ACUAAGGAACAGAGAGACAGAGACAUGGGAAGGGACACCUUAUAAGUCUAAAAAUGUCCAUAUUUUCUCCUAAAAAUUGAAGCAUCAUCUGAUUGGACACAGAACUUAUUUUACUUCAGACCUUCGAAGUCAUUGCCCACUGUCUUCUCGCAUUCAGCAUUGCCAGUGACUUGCCUGGUUUCAGUUUGUCAUUUUCCUCUAGGUUGCCCUUUUCCCCUCUAUGCAUCUGUGAGAGAUUCUGUAAUUUUUCUUCAUAUUUUGUGUUCUCAUUUUUAUCACCAGAUCAUUUAGGUGCAUGCAUCUUUUUUCUCUCAUUUAUACUACUUGGAAUCAGUAGAUUUUUUUUCACUUUGAGGACCCCAAUAUUCAGGUUCUAGAAAUGUUCUGCAGCUAUUACUUUCGUUAUUUCCAUCCCUCCACUGUCUCUAGUUUCUCUCCUUCUAAUAGUUCUUCUAGUGGUGGUUGAACCUUUGGGCUCCAUUUUCCAUGUGUCUAAACUUUUCGUUCAUGCUUUAUAUUUCUUUUUGUGUUGCAUGCUGUGAGAAUUCUUGGGCUCAACACUCCAUCUGAGUUCUCCUACUGAUUAGCCUACCUACUAUGAGUUUUAUUUCAACAGCUUUUUAAAAAAUUUUCUACAAUUCGUAGUUGAUUAUGUUUUAGGAACAAAAUAUACUCUCUCCUGUGUCUGAGGAUGUGAGCCAUAGUUAUGCCAAAGUCAUGUUCUGUUGACUCUGUUUUCUUGGGUGUAAGUUCUUCUAUUUACUAUAUUUGGUGUAUUUCUUCCAUGGUCUUGGUUUUGCUUAAGUAUUUAGUUAUUCUUGGUUGUGUGCCUACUUUUUCAUUUAAGAUGCCCUGCUUGAAGUUAUUGCAUGUACACUGUGGUGCAUAAUACUAAGAAGGUUGGAUAAAAGGAACAUCCACUUCUUCCUAGGUGUAGACAGCAAUCUUGAGCAAAGCCCAGCCUCUCUUUAAAUGUCAUACUUGCUGCCCAUACCAGAAAGCGGACGUUCUGUGGUUCUUUGUCUGGCCCAAGAGGGGUGAUAGAGGGCUAAAGAGAGAGCCAUGGGCAGUAAGACAUCCUGACUACUCCUACUUGUUUCUGCAACCCAUCGCUCUGUGGACUCCUACCUGCUCUGGCACUGGCCUUCAGGCCAGCAGUGGCCCUAAAACCACUGGCUAUUUGCAGCAGGCCUCUCCUAUAAGUAGGUUUUGAUCUGUGGUUUCCAUCUUUAAUUUGAUCCCAACAGAUUAAAAAAAAAGUCUUUCAUGGAAUUUGGAGAGGGAAGGAAGAAAAGCUUCUCAAAUGAUCACCUCUGGUAUUUCUUGAUGUUAUUUCUCCAGGUUUAAAAACAAAAAGGAAGAAAACUGAGAUCAAAUGAAGGGGAAAAGAAAAAAAAAAAAAGAAUGACAAUGUAUAGACUUACUCCAAAUAUUUGAGGAAAAGCUUCGACAGACACAUAAAUACAAGAGUCAUUAACCUUCGAUCCUCACUUGUGUCAUUUUGAUUGCUAAUGAGACAUUCUUUUCAUUUCAGGUCUUGACUGAAAUCAUGGCCAAACCUUAUGAAUUUAACUGGCAGAAGGAAGUUCCUUCCUUUCUGCAAGACGGAGCAGUUUUUGACAGAUAUGAAGAGGAAUCCUUUGUGUUUGAACCCAACUGCCUCUUCAAAGUGGAUGAAUUUGGCUUCUUUCUGACCUGGAAAAGCGAAGGCAAGGAAGGGCAAGUGCUAGAAUGCUCCCUCAUCAACAGUAUUCGGCUGGGAGCCGUACCCAAGGACCCCAAAAUCUUGGCGGCUCUCGAAGCUGUUGGAAAAUCAGAAAAUGACCUGGAAGGGCGGAUAGUGUGUGUCUGCAGCGGUACAGAUCUGGUGAACAUCAGUUUCACUUACAUGGUGGCUGAAAAUCCAGAAGUAACUAAGCAAUGGGUAGAAGGCCUGCGAUCAAUCAUACACAACUUCAGGGCCAACAACGUCAGUCCAAUGACAUGCCUCAAGAAACACUGGAUGAAAUUGGCAUUUAUGACCAACACAAGUGGUAAAAUUCCAGUUAGGAGUAUUACUAGAACCUUUGCGUCGGGAAAAACAGAAAAGGUGAUCUUUCAAGCCCUCAAGGAGUUAGGUCUUCCCAGUGGAAAGAAUGAUGAAAUCGAGCCUGCAGCGUUUACUUACGAAAAGUUUUAUGAACUGACACAAAAGAUUUGUCCUCGGACAGAUAUAGAGGAUCUUUUUAGAAAAAUCAAUGGAGACAAAACUGAUUAUUUAACGGUAGACCAAUUAGUGAGCUUUCUAAAUGAACAUCAGCGAGAUCCUCGACUGAAUGAAAUUUUAUUCCCAUUUUAUGAUGCUAAAAGAGCCAUGCAGAUCAUUGAGAUGUAUGAGCCUGACGAAGAUUUGAAGAAUAAAGGCCUCAUAUCAAGUGAUGGGUUUUGCAGAUAUCUGAUGUCAGAUGAAAAUGCCCCAGUCUUCCUAGAUCGCUUAGAACUUUAUCAAGAAAUGGACCACCCUUUGGCUCACUACUUCAUCAGUUCUUCCCAUAACACCUAUCUCACUGGCCGACAGUUUGGUGGAAAGUCUUCGGUAGAAAUGUACAGACAGGUUCUCCUGGCUGGCUGCAGAUGUGUUGAACUUGACUGUUGGGAUGGAAAAGGUGAAGACCAAGAACCAAUUAUAACUCACGGAAAAGCAAUGUGUACAGAUAUCCUUUUUAAGGAUGUAAUUCAAGCCAUCAAGGAAACUGCGUUUGUCACAUCCGAGUAUCCUGUAAUUCUGUCCUUUGAAAAUCACUGCAGCAAAUAUCAACAGUACAAGAUGUCCAAAUAUUGCGAAGAUCUAUUUGGGGAUCUCCUGUUGAAACAAGCACUUGAAUCACAUCCACUCGAACCUGGCAGGAUCUUGCCAUCCCCCAAUGACCUCAGAAGAAAAAUACUCAUCAAAAAUAAACGGCUGAAACCUGAAGUUGAGAAAAAACAGCUCGAAGCUUUGAAAAGUAUGAUGGAAGCUGGAGAAUCUGCUGCCCCAGUUAACAUCUUAGAGGAUGAUAAUGAAGAGGAAAUAGAAUGCGCUGACCCAGAGGAGGAAGCUCAUCCUGAAUUCAAAUUUGGCAAUGAACUUUCUGCUGAUGACUUGGGUCACAAGGAAGCUGUUGCAAAUAGUGUCAAGAAGGUUUCAGAUGAUCUUGAACAUGAAAACAACAAAAAGGGCCUGGUUACUGUAGAAGAUGAGCAGGCGUGGAUGGCAUCUUAUAAAUAUGUAGGUGCUACCACUAACAUCCACCCGUAUUUAUCCACAAUGAUCAACUACGCACAGCCUGUGAAGUUCCAAGGUUUCCAUGUGGCUGAAGAACGCAAUAUCCAUUACAACAUGUCUUCUUUUAAUGAAUCAGUCGGUCUAGGCUACUUGAAGACACACGCAAUUGAAUUUGUGAAUUAUAACAAACGGCAAAUGAGUCGCAUUUACCCCAAGGGAGGUCGAGUGGAUUCCAGUAAUUACAUGCCUCAGAUUUUCUGGAACGCUGGCUGCCAGAUGGUUUCACUGAACUAUCAAACCCCAGAUUUAGCGAUGCAAUUGAAUCAAGGGAAAUUUGAGUAUAAUGGAUCGUGCGGGUACCUUCUCAAACCAGAUUUCAUGAGGCGGCCCGAUCGAACAUUUGAUCCCUUCUCUGAAACUCCUGUUGAUGGGGUUAUUGCAGCCACUUGCUCAGUGCAGGUCAUAUCAGGUCAAUUCUUAUCCGAUAAGAAAAUUGGCACGUAUGUAGAAGUGGAUAUGUACGGGUUGCCCACAGACACUAUACGUAAGGAAUUCCGCACUCGUAUGGUGAUGAACAAUGGUCUCAAUCCAGUUUACAAUGAAGAAUCAUUCGUCUUUCGGAAGGUGAUCCUUCCAGACCUGGCUGUCUUGAGAAUAGCAGUGUACGAUGACAACAGUAAGCUGAUUGGCCAGAGGAUCCUCCCACUGGAUGGUCUCCAAGCAGGCUAUAGGCACAUUUCCCUUCGAAAUGAAGGAAACAAACCAUUGUCACUGCCAACCAUUUUUUGCAAUAUUGUGCUUAAAACAUACGUGCCUGAUGGAUUUGGAGAUAUUGUGGAUGCAUUGUCGGAUCCGAAGAAAUUUCUUUCAAUUACGGAAAAGAGAGCAGACCAAAUGAGAGCUAUGGGCAUUGAAACCAGUGACAUAGCCGAUGUGCCCAGUGACACUUCCAAGAAUGACAAGAAAGGAAAGGCCAACACUGCCAAAGCAAACGUGACCCCUCAGAGUAGCUCUGAGCUCAGACCAACCACCACAGCGGCCCUAGGGUCUGGCAUGGAAGCCAAGAAAGGUAUUGAACUUAUCCCUCAAGUGAGAAUAGAAGAUUUAAAGCAGAUGAAGGCUUACUUGAAGCAUCUAAAGAAACAACAGAAGGAGCUAAACUCUUUGAAGAGGAAACAUGCAAAGGAGCACAGCACCAUGCAGAAGUUACACUGCACACAAGUUGACAAAAUUGUGGCACAGUAUGACAAAGAGAAGUCAACUCAUGAGAAAAUCCUAGAGAAGGCAAUGAAGAAGAAGGGAGGAAGUAAUUGUCUUGAAAUGAAAAAAGAAACAGAAAUUAAAAUUCAGACGCUGACAUCAGAUCACAAAUCUAAGGUCAAAGAGAUUGUGGCACAGCACACCAAAGAGUGGUCAGAAAUGAUCAACACCCACAGUGCUGAGGAGCAAGAAAUCCGUGACCUGCAUCUCAGCCAGCAGUGCGAGCUGUUGAAAAAGCUGCUGAUCAGUGCUCAUGAGCAGCAAACUCAGCAGCUGAAACUGUCCCAUGACAGGGAAAGCAAGGAAAUGCGAGCUCACCAGGCUAAGAUUUCUAUGGAAAACAGCAAAGCCAUCAGCCAAGAUAAAUCUAUCAAGAAUAAAGCAGAACGAGAAAGGAGGGUCAGAGAGUUAAACAGCAGCAACACCAAAAAGUUUCUGGAAGAAAGAAAGAGACUUGCAAUGAAGCAGUCCAAAGAAAUGGAUCAGUUGAAAAAAGUCCAGCUUGAACACUUAGAAUUCCUAGAGAAACAGAAUGAGCAGCUUUUGAAAUCCUGUCACGCAGUGUCCCAAAUGCAAGGCGAAGGAGAUGCAGCAGAUGGUGAAAUUGGAAGCCGAGAUGGAUCGCAGACCAGCAACAGUAGUGUGAAACUCCAAAACGCAAACUGAGACAGCGAAACUGCGCAGCAUCAAAAUAUCCCUCCCGAACUUCUGAACCCAAACUCCAUGGAAGAAAGCAGCUUUCUUUUGUGUUUCUUUUCUCUGUCAACGAGAUGUUACCUGAAACCAUAGAGACUUGGAAUGACUUACAUACUUUUAACGCUCUGAGUAUUGAAUUUCCUUGGCCAGCCAAAAGUAUAGCUACAAAUCCACAAAAAAAUUCAUAUUCCAAUAAGGCAGAGUUGAACCAUUGAUAAUACAAAUUGAACAUGUUUGCUAUAAAAUACCAUCACAAGUUGGCGAGCUUUGUAUUAACAACUCUGCUUUGCGAUGCAUUAGGACAUGUUUGAGCUGCGGCAAAAAUAGUGCAUUGGCAAUUUAAUAGCAAGUGCGUGCACUAGAGAAAAAGAAAACGACAACAAAAACUCUACCAAUUCAUCAGCGGAAGUGGUGUUCUGCUAGACAAGUAAUUUUGCAGAAUUUUUCCACAUCAAAGUUACCUCAUCAGUAAGUGCCAUGUCUCUACCAUUCCGUAAGAAGCUAAUUUCCUGUGAAAGUUGUGGAAAUUACUAGAACAACAAAAAAAUAGAACAGCGUACCUGUGGCAAAACUCAUCAACGUGCAAAGGGGAACUCUGUGUAGGCACAUUUAAGAGAGUUGACAUCUGACAUCUGACAUUGCUUGAUAGGAAUUGCUUCUGCAAAUUCCAGAGGUUCCACCUCACCACCAUAUCAUAAAGAUCAUGAAGUGGUUAUGGGCAAACCUUGUAAAUGUGACCAUGUAUAGAGCAUUUAUACUCUUUAAUUCACACUGUUAUAGAGCAAAAUCUUCUACGUAUUGCCACAUGACAAGACUAGUAAACAGGAAUACUAGAACUAUGUUUGCAUGACACACAAGCACCAAUUAAGACUAAUCUGUACAGACACAGUUAAUCUAAUGCCAAAUAAAUACUGGUUAAAUAAAUGUAUGGCACAGAAUAUAACUUGACUCUCAAGACUUUUAGCAUAAUGAAAAGAAGUCUAUACAUAUGUGUAUAUGAAUUAUGUGGGCAUUCUUGAUACUUCAAGUUCUAGUUUGAAAAAAAUGCAUAACUAAUUUAAUUUUACACAAAAAAAUAUUUAUGCAGAUUUUCAGAAUUUCAUAUCAGGAGAUAAUCUUUUUAUGUCUGUUAAAUACCCAAUUUGCUACAGUGUUACUCUGCAUGGUCUCCAAGCCUGCUGUAGUAUUGUUGCAGACAGUGCAUGAAAAAGUAUUCCAUUGAGAAUCGAACCAUGCUGCCAAAGCCAGAGGAGCGCAUGGAAACCUGGUAGUCUAGAACUAAUCAGAUUACUGAUUUUAGUACACACAACACCAACUGAAUUGUUGUAUAUGCUUGUACAAAUUGAUUCUGUGUGUUCCGCUGAACAAAGCAGAGAAAAUGAUGUUACCAUCAAUAUUGAAGUUAAACUUCCAACUUCUCUAAUAAAAAAUUAAAACACAUU